CUGGAAAAUUCUGGAAACAAUACGAAAUUUUUUCUCACGAAUCCGUAAGGUUUCUCUCCUCGCACAAGCCACGACGGCGAUUUGCGACUGCUGCCGCUCGUGGAGAAGCCGUAUCUGUGUUGCUCAUUAGCUGUUUGCCUUCUGAUUUCGUUGUGGAAAAUGGCUGGUUCUCAUCGCAAAAGGCACUCUCGAUCUCCUUCCCCCUGGAGGGCUCCUUCAAGGUCAAGAUCUAGAUCUAGGUCGCGAUCGAGGCCCAGGUCUAGAUCCAGAUCAUGGUCAAGGCCAAGGUCUCAAAGUCGUGGAAGAUCAAGGUCCAGAAGUCGUGGGAGGGAGAAUGCCCUUAACCCAGGGAAUACGCUUUAUGUCACCGGUCUAUCUGCGAGGGUCACUGAAAGAGACCUUGAAGAACACUUUUCCAAGGAGGGCAAGGUAGCUUCUUGUUUCCUUGUGGUUGAACCACGAACACGAAUUUCCCGGGGUUUUGCAUUUGUCCAGAUGGACAAUGUUGAUGAUGCUAAUCGGUGUGUUAAGCAUCUCAACCAGUCAAUUCUAGAAGGUCGAUAUAUAACUGUGGAGAAGUCACGGAGGAAACGGCCAAGAACUCCAACGCCUGGACACUAUUUGGGGUUGAAAAACACCAGAGACUCUGGCUACCGUGAUGAUCGAGGAAGGUACCGUGGUGGCUCUCUUCGUGAUGACUAUGGUUAUCGUCGGUCUCCAAGACGCUCACCAUAUCGGGGUACUCGAGAGUACUCCCCUCGACAUUCCCCCCUUUAUGGUGGAAGAUCAAGGAGGGAUCACUCCAGGUCGCCUCCUUACUCCCCGUAUGGCAGCCCGGAUAGCAGGUAUCCUCGUGGCUCCAGGUGAGGCAUCUUUCAAUGUACCUUUCUUUUGUGCUGUUAAAGACGACUGUGGUUGGUUUUAAGUGUAGUCGAACAUUUGUUUGUACCUCCUAGUUUCAUGCAGUCCAACUGGCCGAACGUUUAUCAUUUGGGUUUAUUUGACAAACGGUAUUCAAAGUACUUUUCUUUAACCCAACUGUUUAAAACUAGUUUUAUCAUCUGGAUUGAAGAAAAUAGGAGGAAACGUCGUUAAUUAGUAACUCCGAAACGUUAUAUUUGAUUAUUUUUUUUUAACUUUUAACUCUUAAUUUGAUCAUUUAGUUCCUGUACU